AUGUUUGCAAAACCGGCUGCUCCGUAUGGCCGAGGACGUUUUCCGGUGAACACGGGCCGAGCGCCGUGGGUGCGCCAGGAAGUGCGCGUCGAGCACGUCGAGCGCGUCGAGCGCAUCGAGUACGACAUCUACCAGCCGGGCACCUAUAUCCACUCGACCAUCCGCCGACCGCACAUGAGGAUGACUGUUUUUGAUGCCAGCUCGGGCUCGUUGCCGAUGCACGAGAUGCGUCCGGUGGCCGACUUGCGCUCGAUCAUGGCCGUCGUCUCAUCAAGUGCCGUCGUCAGCUUCAUCGAGCACUCCACGGGCCCCAUCUCGCUACUUCAGUUGCAGGCUGAAGCCAAGGUCCAGCACCCCGACAACCCGAUCGCUCAGGAAGACGUUGAUGAAGCCACGACCAUGGAG